AGGAGGGUAUGGUCCACAAUCGCUGACAUCCUGCACUGGCUGUCAGUUUAAACCUCUGCUCCUCUCUCAUGUGACGUCAAAUUGUUUCUUUCGAAAAUUUAGGCAAAAUCUACUUAAAAUUGUGCACAAUUGAUGUUAAUUCGUGUUUAGUUUAAAAUAAUAAAGUCAACGAGAUUAUGAAUAUUUACAUUUACAACUUUUAACAAAAAAUAAAUCAAAAUUCAAGUUUUUUCCCAAGUGUAAAGUUUUUUUCGUCAUCCACUAAUUCUAGUUUAGGAAAAAUGACGCCCACUCCGAGUGGAAAGGUUUUGGAAGGAACCGCCUAUAAAACAACGGACAACAUGAAAUCGGAGGCAGUUUUAGAGAAACAAAAAAGUGAUUUAAAAAAAAGUGACUUUAAAAUGCAAUUAGUUUGGAACAGAGUUGCUAUAUUGGGAUACUUUCAUUUGGCUGGACUCUACGGCAUGUAUCUCAUGUGCACGAAAGCUCAUAUUUUGAGUCCAUUAAUCAUGUACGGAUUUGUUGUUUUGACUGGAUUGGGAACGGGAGCCGGUUGCCAUAGACUUUGGAGUCACAGAGCUUACAAGGCCAAGUUGCCAAUGAAAAUAAUUAUGAUGUGCCUUCAGACAAUAGGAUAUCAGGGUCAUAUCUACGGCUGGGUGAGAGAUCAUCGAGUACAUCAUAAAUUCGUCGAUACUGAUGCUGAUCCACACAAUUCAAAGAGGGGUUUCUUCUUCUCUCAUAUGGGAUGGCUGAUGGUUAGAAAACAUCCCGAUGUGAAGAGAAAGGGCGCUACUGUUGAUAUCAGUGAUCUUAAAAAGGAACCCGUUGUGAUGUUUCAAAAGAAAUAUUACCUACCAAUGGUUGGAGUUUUCUGCUUCACGAUACCAUCAAUGGUCGUUCACUAUGUUUGCGGAGAAACAUGGUUCGAUGCCUACCACAUGUCCGUCUCAAAAUUCCUCUGGAGUACACAUUUAACGUGGCUGAUUAAUUCAGGCGCUCACAUGUGGGGUGCCAGACCAUACGAUCAAACAAUGACAGCCAGAAAUAAUUUGGCACUCGCUGUUGCUGUUGUUGGAGAAGGAUGGCACAAUUAUCAUCACGUAUUCCCAUGGGACUACAAGAGUUCUGAAUUGGGAAAUUAUAAAACAAAUACACCAACUGCUUUUAUAGACUUUUUUGCGUGGUUAGGUCUUGCCUAUGAUUUAAAAACAGUUCCAGUGAGUAUGAUCAAUAAACGAGCAUUAAGAACUGGCGAUGGUACAAGAAAUAGUCAAUUUAUCGAUGACAAUAAACCCGAUCUUACCGAUGAAACUGUAUGGGGAUGGGACGAUAAAGACAUGAACGAGCAGGAUAAAAAAUUGGCUCUAAUUCUUAAUAAGGAACAUUAAUUUUUAACCAGUCUCAUUAAAUUCAUAAGAAUAAUAUCACACAUAUAUUUAUGCGAUAUUUUUUCACACUUAAAUUUUUAAGUUAAUCCCUUUUGUGCUUUUUCAAUUCUGAUAAUUUUAAUUCCCGUUAAUUUUGGGAAAAUAAAAUCAAUUUUUUUCAUGUAGGGAAAAAUUUUUAGUUUAUUUAGAAAAUAUUAAAUAGAGUAAAUUUCAUUGUUUCAAAAAAAAAAAAAAAAUUUCUGAAUAUUUAGAAACUAAAUUUUCGAAUCAAAGGUGGAAGAAAAAAGCAAUCAAUUGUUUAAUAUAAUGCCUAAAUUGUCUAGUUUAAUGACUUAAUUGUCUACUUUAAUAAAUUGUCUAAUUUUACCGAGUAUCUAAUAAAUUAAGCACUGGAUCAUAUUAUCAGUUUAACUCAUAAUUAUCACUCGUCUAAUAAUUAAGAAAAUGGUAAAAGGUUUGAAGAAUUAAAAAACUGUGCGAUUGCUUUUAGAAAAAGUAUAAAAUAGGCAAGCUCACAAUUUAUAAUACCUCCUUCUUUUUUUAAAAUACCAUCAAAUUGGUGUAAUAAGUAACAGAACUUUAGGUUUUAUUUCAAAAUUUUUAUUAUUGAUGACUUUUUUCGUUGACCGAUCUUCGUAAAUUGUUUUCGUUAUUUUCGAUUUAAGAAAACCGGUCAUAGAAAGAGACGAAAAUAAAAAUUCCGAAAGAAAAUCUAAAGCCUUGGUACAUAUUGCCCCAUUUGACGAUAUUCACUAUUUUACAUUUUUGUCAUAAACAAUAUAGAAUAUUUAUUAUAUCUAGCAGGAAUGUAUAAAUAAUUUCAUGCUUUGAGCUUCAUUGUAUAUUUAAUAUCCACACCAUUUAUAAUUAGGGACAUCAAGUUCCAAAAAAGAAAACAAAAAAAACACAGGUGUCUUGAAACACCUUCUUCAGAAAUAAUAGUAGUUUUUUAAAAAUUGUAAUGUUUUUUUUAAUGAAAUAAAAAUUGGUAUAAAGAAAAGAA